UCGGGUAAUCGCAGUCGAGUCGCUGCCGUCAGAAAUAAGAAAAAAACUUCCAUCGUUGUUAUCGCGCGCGUUUCCAUGUGGCCGAAGCGAACGUAAUGUGGAUUGUCACGGCGAAAAUAUUUACUCUCGUCAGUUCAAUCGUAGCUGUUUGUGAAAGCGAAAGUCGGUCUGGUGCUCCGUCGGUUGCAACCGUAGUUGUUCAGGAUGCCGCUGGAUCUGUACUGCCACAUUGUGGCACCGUUCUGUCGCUCCGUUAUCCUGUUGGCCGAUGCCCUUGAAGUGGAACUGAAUUUCAUCGAAGUAAACGUGUUGAAGAAGGAACAAUUCAAGCCAGAAUUCAUAGCGAUGAAUCCUCAGCACUGUAUUCCGACGCUGGUGGAUGGUGACGUCGUAGUGUGGGAAUCAAAUGCGAUACUGAUUUACCUAGCUGAGAAAUACGGCAAAGUAAGCAAACGGUUCUACCCAACGGACAUUGCAGAACGCGCCAAAGUAAAUCGAAUAUUAUUCUUCCAAUUGGGGACAUUGCACCGAGCGCUGUCCACCUACUACUACCCAAUUCUGGCUGGGCUCGGCGAAGGAAAGCCGGAAGACUUCCGAAAGAUACAGGAUGCGGUUGGUGUGAUGGACAAACUCCUCGAUGGAAACAAAUGGCUUGCGGGAGAAGACCUAUCGAUAGCGGAUUUUAGUGUGGUUAUAAGCGUUGCCUCCCUCGAAGGGGUAAUCAAAUUCGAUCUGACUGUGUACAAAAACGUGUACCGUUGGUAUCAGCAGUGCAAGAAAGAGUUUCGAAAAUUCGAAGAACUCACACAGGAAGCCAAUGACAAAUCCCAGGAAAUGAUUGCAGCCUUACGUCAGUAUAAGUUGGAGGAAAUAAAUUCCGCUAAAGAGCCGUGCUGUAGUGCACCACCGGGAGCGAAAACUCCCCCGAAGCCACCCUGCCCGGACUCAUCUUGACCAAAACGAGUGAUUGU